AGUUGCGCAAGAGGAGACGUCAUGCGCGCUAGGGAGACCAUGAUCGAGAUCGCACUAACGGUGCCGGGCUACAUCUCGAUGUUUCCGAUUCAUUCUAACUCAACGAGGGGAUCAACUUCAUCCGCUUACAAGCUAUAACUUGCGGCCCGAUGCGAUGGUGCAUAAAAAUAAAGUGCGGAAAAAUUCGCGCGUGCAAACUUCGGAGUUGCGUUCGAAGCUUCUCUCGCGAUUCUUAAUCAACCAGCUCUUUGAGGGCUCUUCGGGGAUCUUUAAUUAGUUUCGUCAAACAUCGUGCACGUUUGAUGCGGUGCAAAUUUUUGAUUCGGUAAACUGCCAUCUCACGGAUGUGCCACUUUUAAUCUGGAGAAGCUCAAAGAAUGUUAAUCUCGGACAGGUCGCCCAAACGAAUUCUCGCGUGAAGUAAGAAUUUAUAGUCAGGAUCAAAGAAAUAUAUCUCGUGGCUACCUCGAAGGGGAUCUUAUCGUAACUUGAUAAAAUUAUUUAAUCCCGACAUACGGAUAAGCGCAUCCACGAAAAAAAUAACACGGAAGUCACGCCGCAGAGAUUCGAUUUUUAUAAACGGCACAUUUCUCUACUUGUUGCCAUUCUACUUUCAUUGUGAUUAUUUUAACGUGCAAGUAAGCUAAUUGUAAAGUAAUUUGGAGGACGCGCGAUUGCGCUUGAAAUGCACAACUAAUUUCUCAGUGAAGAGGAGAGAAAAGCGGUCUGCUGUUAUUACUACUUUCUCGAAUGUGCCUUUAAAAUAUCCGAGGGAGAAAAAAAUGGCUGAUCAUGUGGAGAUCGAAUCGACAGUCCCAAAGGAACCUAAAACGCGCACGUAUGCAACCGCUACGCAGACCUCAGUGCGGCCUGUACGUCCUGUAAAAAUGGCGCGAUCCCGUACAAAAGUUAUGAUCGUCUCAAUCGUGGGUUUAAUAAUAAUGAUCCUUGGCAUAAUCGUAGGAUCACUUUGGACUACCGUGAUAUACGAUAUGAUAUUUGUAAAGAUAUUGACGUUAACGCCAGUAUCUUUCACUUACGACUUGUGGGUGAAAACUCCUAUUCCAGUGUACUUCAAAUUCUACAUGUUCAAUUGGACCAAUCCAGAGGAGUUUUACAAGCCGGGUGCAAAACCGAAUUUUCAGGAAAUGGGGCCUUACGUUUUUCGAGAAGUCGAUACUAAAGUGAAUAUAAUAUGGAAUGACAACGGAACUGCCACGUUUCUAAAAAGGAAGGAAUGGUUCUUUGAGGAAAGCUUGUCUAAUGGAAAGCUAACCGAUGAAAUCACCAAUUUAAAUCCGAUAGUUGCGACGGUUGCACACUCGGUAAAAUCCAAGCCUCCGUUCAUACGUAAGUUAGUCAAUGAGUUUAUGGUGAGUUUAGGAGAAAGUCUAGUAUUUACUAGAACCGUGAAUACGCUGAUAUUUGAGGGAUUUAAUGAUACGUUACUGGAAAUUGCGAGAAAGAUGAAAGUGACGAAAAUACCUUAUUCCAAAUUUGCAUGGUUCUACGGGAGGAACGGCUCGGACACUUACGAUGGCACGUUCAACAUGUUAACUGGAGUAAACAAUUUGUACGAGAUGGGAUUGCUAAAAGAAUGGAAUUUUAGUAACCGAACAGAUAAGUAUGAGGGUUCGUGUGGUUCUGUAGGUGGUUCAUUGGGGGAUUUCUGGCCACCUUUAUUAGAUAAUCAGACGCUUUCUAUAUUCAUCCCGGAUAUUUGCACGACUUUGAAUUUGUCAAAAGACAAUUCAACAACAACGGAAGUUGAAGGGAUAAAAGGAAGUACAUAUACCGCAAAUAAAUAUAUGCUCGAUAAUGGCAAAUAUGUAGCCUCAAGACAAUGUUAUUGUCCUAAAGGGAAUUGUGGACCUAGCGGAACAUUAGAUAUUUCAUCUUGCAAAUUUGGGGCUCCGGCUUUCGUUAGUUUACCACACUUCUAUCUAGCAGAUCCAAGUUACAGAGUAAAUAUAACGGGAUUAUUACCGCAGAAAGAAAAACAUUCACUAUUAAUGACUUUAGAACCAACCACAGGUGUCCCACUCGCAAUUAAGGCGCAACUGCAGUUAAAUUUGUUGGUGGAACCAGUGCCUGAUAUGAGCAUAUUCGAGAAUAUAACGAAGACUUACAUCCCAAUGCUGUGGUUUACUCAAGAAGCUAAUCUAACUGCCGAAUUCGCGAAUAAAGUUCAGUUAUUUAUAAUUCUUCGAUCAUUAGGUACUGUAACCUUCUUUGGAAUAGCGGGAAUCGGACUUCUAAUACUCUUCAUCGGGAUCUUCAUUUAUAUACGACAAAAAUGGCAAGGAGAAGAAGAUCAAGUAUUAAUAUCCAAGUACGAUGGCGAUGUUAGAACAAGAGACGAAAUGUAGUAAUUACUUCCUUUUACAGGCGUGAUUAUUAUAAGUCAGACGCCAAGAUUUAAAUUUAUUCUCUUAUGCAUUCAUAUUAUUUCUUGUAUAUAUCAUGAUGCAGAUAGUUUCUUUUAUUCAUUAAUUUAGGAGUAUUGAAAUUUUUUUCCAGGGGGGGGGGGAUCUUACAGAUACUUCUAAAGCAUUAUUAUUACGUAUUCCGACCUCAUGAUUGUGUUUCAAGUCCGACGAAUAUAUAACAUAGAGCUCGAAUAAGCUCGAGAUUGCAAAAAUUAUUAUUCAGCAUUACGAACCGCUGUGACUGACAUAUAUAGGCCUGCUGACCUUGUUUAGUACUGAAAUUUUUGUAUUUUGUUGAAUGACAAUUUUCCAGUAAGGUUUAUCACAUGCAUAAAAAUAUUCCAUAACUUUAUGUUACUGUCAAAAGUAACGUUUUACAUUUUUAUUGGCGCCGGACUUGUAUUAAUUGUGCUGUUACGUGCCAUGAAUAACGUUAAAAUAUUUUUACUUCUCUUUGAUUACUUUACUUUCUUCGCUUCCUUUACUUCUUGUGCUUCUUUUGCUGCCUUUGUAUUCAAGCUUCCUUUCUUUACAUUUUGAGUAUAAUUAUAGAGCUGAGGUAAGACUGUAUCAAUGUCUUAUGAAUAUUUGAUGAGAAAUAGUUAAUGUACCACGAAGGUACGAAAGUGCCUACUUUAGCUACUACAGUGUAGCUAUGGAUGCAAAUAAGCAUCCAUUAAUAGUGUAUUUGCAAGUAAACAUUAAUAAUGUAUAGUUCCAACUAUCAAUAAGACGUUAAAUUGAAGAUUUACUUCUACGUUUGUCAAGAUGUGAAACGAAUGUAGUUUUUAUAUUACAUUAAAAUAUAAAAAAUAUUUAUGCGGCGGAACAAUCUUCAGAAAAAUACUAAAACGUCGUUUUGAUCGGUUAUAUGUGACAGUGUAAUUAAACAAAAUCUGCUAAUAUUACUAGCUAAUAUUUUAUCCAGACUAUAAAUAUAUAUUGCGGAAUAUAUAUAUAUAUAUAUAUAUAUAUAUAUAUAUAUUAUUUUAAUGAUACUAGAUAUUAUUGUGUUACAUUCUUUACAGAGGACUUUAGUGAUUUCAUAGAGCCGUAAACAAAUUUUAGAUAUUGUCACUUUGUCAACUCUGUAACAUAUAUAAAAUAGAGUAUUUAUCAGCUAGUAAAUUUUCUACUUGUAAUAAACUAGCAAGUACCAUUCUAAAACUUAUACUUUCAAUACUUAUAUCAAUCCAUGAUGCGUAAAUUAUGUUUCGAGAUAUAUUUUAAAACAAUUAGAAUUUUAAAUUUUUAAUCACUGCAUUUUCAGUUCGACUGUGGAAAAUUAAGAGUAAAUCUCGAUUUCAUCGCGAUAUUUCGUAGCGAAGGUAUAACAAUGUAAGGAUAAUGGUUUAAGUUUAAGAAACAAUAUAUUUCAAGAAAAAUUAUUAGAUUGGAAGAAUAUUAUCAUAGUUUAUUAAAAUUUAUUAAAUUUCAGCAAAAAUAUUUAUCGUGUGCGACGAACAACCUCUCAAUUUAAAAAAAAUGAUAAGAUCUUGCAACUACGAAUAAAAAAUAAAAAAAAUUGCAAUUUUAUGUCGUAUUAAAUUUUGAAAUAUGUUAAUCUUUGAAUUUCGAUGAUUUUCUUCCAAAUCAACGAUGUUUCCUCUGUUGUAUGUAAAAUAACAUGUAUGUAUGUACACGCAUGCAAGAGGAAACGUUAUCACAAGACGCUCAAAGCCGUAGGGAAUAAUAAGCGCUAUGAUUUUAGGUCUAAUCUUUUCAUUCUGUAGCUUCUCUUUGCCAAACAGCUUAGCAAAAUGCGAACAAUAAUGUAUGUGUAUGCGUAACGAAUUCAGAAUGUUCUUAUUACGUAAUUUGCAACACACCAAAUACGGCACUUAUGAAAAUCACGCGUAACGAGAUUUAUUAUAGAAUGCGAUCUAUUAAUAAUAAAAUAAUUUCAAUACCUUUGUAAAUUAUUUUUACUAUUAUUUCAUAAUAAUUACACGCGACAAUGAUUAAAUUGCGGUAAAAUUAAAUAUUGCAAAUUGGAUAUCGAAUCUUUAUGGAAUACAUUGCGAAACAAUGAAAUAAUGAUAGAUAUCGCAUUACGCGAAAUUACUGAAAGAUCUAUAUGGCAGAAAAUUCAGAAAAAUAUAUUAAUAAUUCUGCAUCGAUGCGUAUCGGCUUAUUUAACGCGCGCUGUAUAAUAUUCGUAUCAUUUUAUACUGAUUUUUUGCAGUUUAAAAUGUAACAAGACAUGCACGAUCAAAGUUUAACACUUAUUGUAAUCCUAAAUAUCUGUGAUAUACAAAGUGCGCGAAUGUGAAAAGAAUAUAAAACUGUUUUAUGGAAA